CUGGGCAGGCGCCACACAGGCUCAGAGCACAGAAUCUUGGCCAACUGCCUGGGUGACUCUGGCCCAGCUUGGUGCUGUCCAAAUGGGCAAGUUUGUGAAACCUGGGAAAGUGGUGCUGGUGCUGGAUGGAUACUACUCCGAACGCAAAGCUGUCAUCGUGAAGAACACUGAAGUCGACAGCACCUCCAACCACCCCAACAGCCACUCCCUGGUGGACAGGAUUGACCGCUAUCCCCACAAAGUGACAGCCACCAGGGGCAAGAAGAAAAUUGCCAAGAGGUCAAAGAUCAAGUCUUUCGUGAAGGUUUAUAACUACAAUCAACUGAUGCCCACACGGUACUCUGUGGACAUCCCCUUGGACAAGACUCUGGUCAACAAGGAUGUCUUCAGAGACCCAGUCCUAAGUUGCAAGGCCCACCGGGAGGCCAUGGUCAAGUUCGAGGAGAGGUACAAGACAGGCAAGAACAAGUGGUUUUUCCAGAGCUUUGGUUUUAGGUACUCUGGACAAUGCCAGAGUCUCAGACCCAAGCCCAGGCUACUCACUUGCCAGGACAAGAACAGUGAGUGA